UGUACUACACGCUGCCGGCUGCCAGCAAUACAAUUCCGGUUACUUUUGGGUACCCCCUCGUAUGAGUGUGGCCUGCAUUCAGCUGUAGCUCAGCUUUUAAUACAAGUCAUGAAAGGUUCGUUUCUGCUGUCAGUCGUGCUUCUCCAAGCACUGGGCUGUGGUCUUGGGGCAAGGAUACUGGUUGUGCUACCGUUUCCUGCCAGGAGUCACUUUUUCUUCUUGUCAGCCAUCUUGAAAGCCUUGUCUCAGAGAGGACAUCACAUUGUUGAAUAUAGCCCCUUCCCUCCUAGUAAACCUCUUCCUAACUACACCCACGUCGAGGUCCAUACAUUCCUUGAGGAUCUUGUCAAUGAUUGGAGUUUUGAAGAAUUUGAGGAAAUGGCCCAAAAGGACCAGCCGGUUGUUGGUUUAGGAUUUAUGAGUAUAUGGAACAUUUCAAGUGCAGUGUGUGCAGAAGCAUUUCAACAUGAAAACUUUAAAAAACUUAUCAACUCCAAUGAAAAAUUUGAUCUUGUAAUCACAGAAUCUUCAUUUGGACAAGAAUCGAUGCUUGUUUUUGGACACAGAUUUAGUGCACCAACAGUGACUCUGCAGACAUUCUCCUCCUGGAGUGGUAUUAACAAGAAUGCAGGAAAUGCCUUAUCAAUCGCUUUCAUCCCUGAUAUCAUCUCAUAUAUAGCCUCAGAUCAAAUGUCUUUCCAUGAGAGAUUCUUGAACUUCAUCUCUACUGUGACGACCCUCUUUAUGUACUACAAUCACCAGCUUCCAUUACAAGACAAUGUACUGAAAGAGAACUACAAGCUGGAUGCUCCCCCUGUAGCUGACAUGGUUAGCAAUGUCUCGCUGUACCUCAUCAACACUCAUCCUACCGUGGAGUAUGCGCAACCUUACACUCCAAAUAUCAUUCCUGUUGGAGGAAUUGUAAUAGAACCUGACAGAACAUCUCUUCCUCAGGACAUCAAGAAAUUCAUGGAUGGAGCAUCCAAAGAGGGGGUGAUUUACUUCAGUUUGGGAACCUUAGUGCCUAUUCAUCGUAUGCCAAAAGAAAAGUUGCAAAUGUUUGUGAAUGUCUUCAGUAAACUAAAGCAAAAAGUGCUGUGGAGGAUUAAUCUUGACACCAUACCUGGCCUCUCUGCUAAUGUGAAGCUUACAAAAUGGGUUCCUCAACCAGGGGUCUUAGCUCAUCCAAAUUGUGUUUUGUUCUUGACACAUGGGGGGCUGUUUGGACAACAGGAAGCCAUGCAUGCAGGAGUACCAACUGUUAAUAUUCCGUUUUUUGGAGAUCACCCAUACAAUGCCAAGUUUGCGGAGCAUCGUGGCAUCGGAGUCAAACUUAUGUUUAACGAUUUGUCCGAUGAAACUAUCUCCACUGCUAUUAGAACCGUCCUGGACAAUCCAAAGUACAAAGAGAAUGCUCAGCGAAUAUCUCGUAUAUUCCGGGACAGACCAAUGUCCCCAGCUGACUCAGCAGUGUUCUGGGUGGAGUAUGUGCUGAGGCAUGGAGGAGCUCAUCACCUGAGAUCUGCUGCCACACAACUGUCCUGGUACCAGCUGGCUCUCCUGGACAUCCUGGCAGUUGUCGUGGCUGUCAUUGUCAUCCUUUGCUUUGUCUUAAGGAGGAUAUACUCAUUAUUGUUCGUCUGGAAGAAACAACCAAAAGUGACAAAAAAGAAAAAGGAAAAUUAAGAUAACACCACCUUAUGAAGACUACGAAGUACUCGAGUCUUCUUCCGAAUGUGUCCCUUGAAGCUAAACACUCUGAAUACAAAAUCGAAAUUUUGAAAUAAUUAAUCAUGUAGAUUUAAUUCUUAAGAAGUGUAUUAUAGUUAUUUACUGAACUUUCUUGUUAUGGUAACAAUAACCCAUAAGGUUGAAGUCAAUUAUGGCAUAAGCUUUGGCGAAUUAUUUCAAUUUUAAUGAGGCAUGUUCUGAUAUAGUUCUUUACAUUGAUUUUAGCUAACACUGUGCUACAAAUUACACACAGUGAGUAUGGAAAAGAUGUUCAUUAUCAACAUUUAAAGUGAAAGCUAUAUGUUAUAUUCUUCAUAACACAUUAUUUUAUCUUUAACUACUAGAUUUUUUAAGAAAAUAAGCCUUGCAUCCAUAUGAAGAUUGUGUGGCAGAAACAUAGUAUUUGAUUAUGUGUGGCAUUUGAAUGUUUCUGUUGUGUGUCCCUUGAUAGCAAAAACAGGAUGUUUCAAGUGCCUUCAUAUUUUAACAUUGGAUGAGAUCUGAUAAUGAAUGUUUUAAAAUGUAAUGUUGUUGUUGAUCUUGGAAUGUUGUAAAAAUUAAAGGUACCAUAAUACACAAGAGACCUGUCACAAGACUGAAACAAAAUAAUUGUUGAAUAACACAUGAAAUCAGGUAGAAAAUAAUUGUUAGUAAUAUAAAAUGUCCUUAUUAGCAAUGAGAUAUUUAGGGAGUUCUUUACUAUCUACUUGUUUUAAAUUAGUUAAAUAAUUGUCUUUCCAUAUAAAGAGGUUUUUUUAAGAUAAUGAGGUAAAGGUGGGAAAUGGAGAAGUUAUUCAAACCUCUAAAGUACCUCCCAGGUUUAAUUCAAGAUAACAGUCAAAUUGUAUACUCUGUAUUCUGAAGACAUGACUUAAAGAGAUUAUAAUCUAGAAAAUUCAAUCCAGAGUAGACUUAUAAUCUGUUUCGUUUCCUACUGAGGAAUUACCUACUUAUUAGUAAUCCAACAGUAAUGUAAAACUUUAAUGUAAGUUGCGCUAGAUCUUCAUCGGCUUAUUCAGUACAAUUUGUUGUUUUUUCUAAUAAAUAUUAUUCUGGAUC